GUCCCACUCACACACAAACACGAGCACUAUCAGCUGAAAAAGGUGCGGAGGCGGCGAGCGGGACACACUGGCGUGUUUUUAGGAAAAGAGCCGACGCGCCUUCAAAUACCAACCGAAGGAGUAAAAAACAGAGUAACAAUAUGCGCUCCUGCGGGGGAUUAUCAUCAGCACACUUUGAAGUUUUAGACAUAUAAAGUUGCGUACUUCACCCCGACACCUAUGAAGUAAAGUGCGCAUCCAUAAGUUACAGGGCAGGUAGUGAAGCGGAGCCGGAAGAACUCGCAAUACUGGUUGCGUUGAGUUUGUUUGUCCUUUUCCCAAGUGGAUUAUCGUUGACAUUCAUAAUAAAUGAAGUGACGUUCUAGUUUAAAACUUGCAUACAGUUUGAAGAAAUUAUGACGGAUUUGGGGAAAAGGAAACUCUUCGUCGUCGUGGACGUGUUGUGUGUUGCCGUAGCUUCUCUGCCCUUCAUCAUCCUGAACAUUGUGUAUCAGCCGUACGUGCGAGGCAUCUACUGCCAGGAUGAGAGCAUCGGUUACCCCCUACGACAAGACACCAUAACACACGUAACCCUGGCUGUGGUCACCAUCACCUGUACUGUGAUUAUUAUAUCAUCAGGUGAGGCGUACCUGGUGUACAGUAAAAGAGUUUCAUCCAACUCUACCUUUAAUCAGUACGUGGCAGCCAUCUAUAAGGUGCUGGGCACCUUCCUGUUCGGCGGAGCUGUCAGCCAAUCACUGACAGACAUGGCAAAGUACACAAUUGGGCGACCACGGCCACAUUUUUUGGCAGUGUGUGCUCCCAAAGUCUGCAAAGGAUACGUGGCAGCAAUCAACUGCACUGGUGAUGCUCGGGAAGUCACUGAAGCCAGGUUAUCCUUCUACUCAGGGCACUCCUCUUUUGGGAUGUACUGUAUGCUGUUUUUAGCGUUUUAUGUUCAGGCGAGACUGAACGCAAAAUGGGCCCGUCUUCUCAGACCCACCAUCCAGUUCUUCCUGGUGGCCUUUGCUGUGUACGUAGGAUACACCCGCGUGUCCGAUUAUAAACACCACUGGAGCGACGUACUGGUUGGACUCCUCCAGGGAGCGCUCAUCGCGAUUCUUACAGUGAGAUAUGUAUCAGAUUUCUUUAAGGUUCGCCCUUUACCACAGUGCUCAAGUACAGAGAUACCCGAAAGAGAGGCUUUAGAGCGGAAACCCAGCCUACAUUUGGGAGAGAGGGAACAGAAUAACCAUUACAACUACUCUGGACCCGUGUGAGUAAAUGGGGCUGAAUACCCGCACUACAGCUCCCGUAAACCACUGGACUGACGGAAGGGGGCGGAGCAAGACUGCACAUGCUCACAAAUAGUCCUGCAGCACCAGCCUCCUUGAAAAAACAUUUGGCAUCUCUUUCAUUCCUUUUGUGUGAAAGAAAGACUUUAUAUAUAUAUAUAAAAAUAUAUUUAAUCAGUUUAUUUUAAAUUUAAAAUGAUUUGCAGAGGAUUCCAGAUGUUGGGGGACCGAAUCAAGUUUUUUAGGUUGGUACCGUAUGCUGGACCAGGUUUUAUAUGAACUUGUAUAUGACGCAUGAAUCUUCUUUCACUGAGCUAUACAAAAUCUUGCUGAACUAACUUACAAAAUGGCUUGCCUUUUUUUUAUAUCAUCCGACGAACCCAAGUGAUUUAAAUGGUGAAUAUUACUAAGUUUUUUAUUGUUCAUUCCCCAAAUAUUGUGCUCUUCAAUCCUGAUACUUGAUUGAUCUGGCCCAGCUUCCAAACAGGUUUGGACACCCAAUGCUGACUGCAAAAUAGUAGAAAAUAAUAUAAUUAAAUUGUAUUGUAAGGAUUUUGUUCCCCUGUUUAAAAUUUAAACGUAAGAUACCACUACAGCUUUUGCAAGCCUUAUAUGCUUCUGUCUUUUUAAUUUUUACAUUUUAAAAAGCUGGCUUUAUUGAACUUUUGUUUUAACUUGUUGGUUGCUUUUGUCCAAAUUUGUAUUAAAUAUUUGUAAUAACAA